UGUGUUAUUGUUGUGUGUAUAUAAUCACAAGAGACAGAGAGAGAGAGAGCGAGCAGUUUCUUCUUUAAAGCGUACAUCUGUCCUUAUUUUCAGAAACUAAACCAACAACAACAAACAUAACAUAACAAAGAAGCUAAAGGAGAGAGAGAUUAAACGAGAGAGACGAGAGAGAGAUUAAACGAGAGAGACGAGAGACAUGGCUAUGGAAGCUUCGAGAUCUACGAAUCCAUCGGCGGAUUCAUAUGUAGGAAGCCUCAUCAGCUUGAUUUCUAAAGCUGAGAUUCGUUACGAAGGCAUUCUUUUCAAUAUUAACACUCAGGAAUCAUCCAUCGCCUUGCGCAAUGUUAGAUCCUUUGGUAGUGAGGGACGUAAGAAGGAUGGUCCACAAUUGCCUCCGAGUGACAAAGUUUAUGAGUACAUUUUGUUUCGUGGGAGUGACAUAAAGGAUUUACAUGUCAAAUCUGCGCCACCUGUUCAGACUCCAGCAUCUAUAUACAACGACCCUGCCAUUAUUCAGUCCCAAAUUCCACAACAAGCAGCAGCAUCUACCAGCUUGCCUUAUUCUGAUAUUACGUCCCGACAAGAUUUUAAUUCCCACACUUCUCAGCUGGGACUCCCUAAGUCAUCACCACAUAGCAGUGCAUCCAUAUAUCAGCCAGGUGGAAGUUUAGGGUCAUGGGGUUCAUUGUAUCCUUUUCCCGCCACAAAUAGCACCUUGUCUGCACCAAAAUAUGUACAAGAAACUUAUGGGGCUGCAGAUGGGCUUCAAACCCAGCAGCAGUCUUUACUCCAACCACAAUCGAGAUUAUUGACGCCCCCUUCUAUGCAUCAAACAAUGCCAUAUCCUGCCAUGAGUGCAUCUCUACCUAGCAGUUCUAACACUGUACCUGCUCCACCAUCGUUAGAUAUCCCAUCUCCUUUGCUGCCAUCUUUUAGCCCUAUUGCUCCGAAUUUACAUUCACCUUUGCUUUCUUCUCACUCUUCUGCAUUACCUGCAGACUCAACAAUUUUAAAGCCUAAUAAAGGUCAUAUGCUAGGUCUUCAUUCUGCUGAUACGAGUACAAAUAGUCUGCAGUUGGUAACUCCACCGACCACUAUAUUGGAUGAGAGUGACUUGACUGCUGGCGCUGUCCAACCUAAAUCUGUGGAACCAAGAAUCGCAUUUAGUAAUGUCUUGGAAUCUGAGAAGCAUGUUUAUGAUGCAUCCGGUUCUCUCUUUAAUAGGGGCUUAGCCCCACCUUUGGUAACACCAAAUCAGUUUUUGCAGCCUGGAACGGCUGUAAUGUCUUCUUCCCUGUCUUCACAGUCUAUUCAGAAAGAUGUUGAGAUGGUUCAGGUAUCAUCAACUGUACCACUACAACAAACGGUUCCGGGAGCUCAGGCACCACUACUACCUCUACCUACAUCAGCUGAUUACAAGGUACAUGGAGAUCCUUUACACAGUCGUCAGAAUAUCAGAGGAAGGGGAAGAGGCCGAGGACACUGGGCAACACAUAAUGUCACUAAUUUCACAGAGGAUUUUGAUUUUGUUUCAAUGAAUGAAAAGUUCAAUAAGGAUGAGGUAUGGGGUCAACUUGGUAAGAAAAAUGCAACUCUAGAGGAUGGACAUUCUCGAGACGAAGAUAAUGUUGGGAAAACAACUUCUGACCCCAAGCCUGUUUAUGUUAAGGAUGACUUUUUCGAUUCACUGUCUUCCAAUACUAUUGGUGGAUCACACAGAGGGAGGUCUAUUUUCUCUGAAGAAAAGAAAUUAAAUACAGAGACAUUUGGUAAUUCUGCAAGGCAUCGAGUUGGCCAUGGUGGCCGUGGAUAUGGUCGCAGUGGCUAUGGUUUUGAUCGCGGAGGUCAUGGUUUUGAUCGUCGUGGUCGUGGUUUGGGUCGAGAUGGCUAUGGCUAUAAUCGUGGUGGAGGAUAUGGUCAUGGUGGACAAUCGCGUGACGGUCGUAACAGUGGAAGGAGUUAUGGCUAUAAUGAGAGGGGUGGUUGGGGACAUCAUGCCACCUAGUUGCAAUCGUUUUCUUCCUAUAUUAAUUUAGAGUAACCUUAAUGCUAUUUGGUUCUUAGCUACAAAAUAAGUGGGGGUUGGUUCAAGACCCUGGAAAGCUGCCUUCAUCUGGGUUCCCCUUUAUAUUAUGUUCUUUGUGUUUUUGGAUCACAUUCUCUAUGUUAAAUGUACUCGGUUUGGAGAAUAAUAAGACUUGCAAAUUAAAGGGUUA